AUGAAUUAUUUUUCUUAACAAUAAUUUUAAGGAACUUAAAGAAAAUUUGUUCGUCUAUUUGUUAGUAGUGAAUAAAAGAAGUUUAUAGCAACAGUAAAUGCAUUUGAAUAAGUAAUCAAAUUUUAUUAUUUAAGAACCUUUCAGAAUAGAUUGCUAAUUCUUAUGCAUGUACAUGUGAAUAAUUUUAAUCAGAAGUAUGCUCAAAUAGAUAUAUUGUGACUAAUAUUAGAUAAAAUGGGUUUAGUGUAAUUAUUCCUAAGGAAUUAAAUAUUGGUUAGGUUUUAAAUGAUUAAACUUAUAUCACAUGUAAGAUUAUUAGUAAGGCUAAUAAUAAAACUAAUAAUUGUCAAAGAAAUGAUAAGAAAACAAAAAAGACUUUAAAAGAAUAAUAGAAAAUAGAACCUAAAUUUCCUGAUAUUUCUCCUCCUAAAAUUUUGACUUCAAAAUAUAUACCUUUAUAAGAAAAUAAAGAAGAAAAAAUUUAAAGAAAUUAAAAAAAGAAAAACAAAAAAAAUAAGAGAAAAAAUUAAUAUUUACAAUCUUUAUAGAUAAUUGAUAGAAAAUAAAAUAAUUAAAUUGGGUAAAAUUUAUUUAAUGAUUAACUUUAAUCUAUUUCAUAAACAAAAGAAUAAUUUUUGGGCCAGAAUCUAAAUACUUAAGUUUAAUAAACUGAAAAUAUUAAAUUACAAGAAUUAAUAGACAAUGUUUAUUGUGAUGUGUUGAUAUCAUAAAAUAUUAAUAAAUAAGCUCAAAAUGAUAAUACGGAUUAUAAAAAAUAAGAAAAUCAACAUUAAAAUACUUCUAAACUUGAGACAAUAUAAAAUUUGAUGAAAAAUGAUGAAAAUUUAAUUUAGGAAUAAAACAAUUAAGAAAAAUCAUAAGUUAAUAAUUAAAAAAACAAUUUAUAAAUUAAAAAUAAAGUUGUUAAAUUUACUGAAAGUAAUCUAAUAUUAAAGGAAACAUUCGAUUAUUUUGAAGAUUCUUUGAAUAAUUCAAAAGAAAUGCCUAAAGUUCCUAAUUCUUCAUUUCAAACUAAUAUUGAGCAUUCAACUAGAUAAAACAAGUAAAAAUAAAAUUAAAAUAAUCUGAUGUAAUAAUAAAAUGAUAAAUUAUCAUAGAAUAAUAAAUAGAAUUAUAUUUUUAAUCAAAGUAAUUACAAUAUUCAUAAAAAUAAUCGUAGAAAAAAUAAAAAGAAAGGUAAAAACGAUAUCUGA